AUGAGUAAUGGGCCUACUGGCUCACAAGAUCCCCUAAGAGCUACCACGGGGCCAGAGGUUGAAGAACGGAAUAGAGAAGGGAAAAGAAAAUGUGGCUUCAAGUGGCUUCACUGUUGGGAGAUUCUGAAGGAUAGUCCAAAAUUUCAAGGGACUGGUGGAGCAAUUCGUGGAGGAAAAGAAUCUAGGACAUCAGAGUCGGGAGAUCACACUUCUGGAUCUGGACAAGAUGUGGAGCAUGUUGGUAAUGACGAUGAAAGAUACGUGCGCCGCCCCAUUGUCCAGAAGGCAGUGAAGGCUGCAAAGAGAAAGGGAAAAAGUGGCACAUGGAGUAGUACUGAUCAAAGAGCAGAACGUAUGUUGGAUGCAUUUGGACAAAUUAUGAGUAUGCAUGAGAAGCAACAAAAGGAGAUAAAGAAGUUGGUACGCAUAGAGUUAUGGAAGACCUAUAGAGAAAUGUUAAAGGAAGAUACUUCAAGUAUGACUGAAGAAGAAUUGGCAGCUCAUUACGGGCUUCUUGCAGAACUGAAAGAGGAAUUGGGCCUCAAUUAA